AUGGUAAUGAAGCUCUUCUGGAUGAUUUGUAGCUCUGCUGAUGUGGAGACGAUGGUUGUGAUGACACAUCGUGACGUUCAGCGUCUGGAACAGGAAGUGCGACGACUUCAGCGUCUGCUGCAGGAAGUCCAGGAGCGAGCGGCCAAUCACGUCGCUCUGCUGCAACAGCAACUGGCCAGUAAAGCACAGCAUAUAGAGAGACUCCAGACCAAGUUACAAUCCCAGCAGGACUACGAGAAGAUCAAAACUGAGCUCAGGACUCUUCGAGCGCUGAUGCAAACUACAGAUGUUGUGUCGGUGUCUCUCAGGAGCGUCUCUGCUGAGAACGAUCUUGUGAUCCAGACGGAAACGCCAGAGUUUCAUCCCUUCAUUGGGAAAGAGGAAGCACUGGAUGGAUCGUCCUCUUCUUCAUCACCUUCAUCUCCAAGCCUCCAGAGCUUCAUCAAAGAAGAGACGGACUCCUGUGGAGGUGUGGGCUGUGAUGUGGAGUCUGAGGAUGGAGAUGAGUUCAGCACGGCUCGAUUGGCUCAGCAGGUCAAAGAGGCUCUUCAGCGGCUGAACAUCGGCCAGCGGGUGUUCGGUCACUACGUGCUCGGUCUCUCUCAGGGAACCGUCAGCGACAUACUGGCCCGACCCAAGCCCUGGAGCAAACUGACCAGCAGAGGAAGAGAACCCUUCCUGAGAAUGAAGCACUUCCUGUCUGACGAGCACAGCAUCCGAACACUCAGCGACAUACAGGAGAGACUGAGAGUGCUGGAUGAUGAUGAUGAUGAUGAUGAAGGCAGCAGAUCUCAGGCAUCUGACGACGUCAUCAGAAACAUCCUGCAGCAGGCCAAACACGAGAUGCAGACGACGAACGACACGCUCCAGGAAGAAGAGGAGGAUGAUGGGACACUGGAGCCCGGCGUUCAGUCCCCGGCUGAUUUUGUCCAUAGCAUCAUCCAGAAGGUCAAAUGUGAACUGGAUGAAGAUCCUGACCCCUCAGUUUCUCCGUCCUCCGUGAGCCGCUCGUUCCAGACGCUCCCUGAGGAUCCGGAUCAGAGAGCGCAGGUCUUUAACGGGUCUGAGGAGCAGACGGAGACGCGUCAGAGACCUCGCUCCUGUCCCAUCAGCAGCAGCUGUGAGCUUCAGUCUCUGGAUCUGGACACCUUCAGCAUCACGCAGAGGGUCAAAGAAACUCUCACAGUCAACAACAUAGGUCAGCGCAUGUUCGGCGAAGAGGUUUUGGGUUUAACACAAAGCUCUGUGUCUGAACUGCUGUCGCACCCCAAACCCUGGACUAAACUCAGUCUGAAGGGAAAGGAGAACUUCAUUCGGAUGCAUCUGUGGCUCCAAGAUCCCCAGAACAUCCAGAAGCUCAACGCUAUGAAGAAGAUGGACCACAGAGCUCGUCUCAAGCGUGCUCUGAUGGGAUCAGACUGUGAAUCACGCAGGACGUUAGAUGCGAGAGGACGCUGGUUCUGUGAUCGCUGGGGACGGUGUGAGGUGAUGAAGAGGCCGCGUGUCAUCUUCAGCGCUCAGGAGAGAGAAGCACUGAUAGCGGUGUAUCAGACAGAGCCGUAUCCGUCUCCACACACCGUCGAGAGACUCGCAGCACAGCUAGGCCUGCACACGAGCACUGUGAGCAACUGGUUCUACAACUACAGGUCUAGAAGCAGACGAGAUGGUUUUUCAGAACCAGUACAAACCAGAACAUUUCAGAACCCGGCCUGUUCAAGUCCGGUUUCAGGCGGUUUAGUCCGGAUCAAACGGGAGCCCAGUGACGGAGAGACGAAAGAGGAGCACAAUCACGUCUUCACGAGUGUGAAGAGAGAGAGAGAGCGGUGAGAUCAACACAGAAAGACCUCAGGAACAACGGCUUCAUCUCUAAAUCUGACCAUUUCAGGCAUUUUCAGCCUUUUUUUUAUUUUUUUUAAGCAGAUUUUUUGUUCAUGAUUCAUUAAAAAAUUUAAUGAAAACGUAAACACUGAUUGGCCAGAUUGGUCUGUAUUUUUUUAGUAUGGUUGAUGAAUAAUUGCUGGUUGUAUAUUUGUUUGAUAACUGCUUAUGUAAGCUCAUUUAUAUUCAGUUUGG